AUGUCUCUGCAGAGGAUCGUGCGAGUGCCCCUGGGGCAUCCCACCAGUGCUGUGUGUGUGGCUGGCGUGGAGACCCUCGUGGACAUUUAUGGGUCAGUACCUGAGGGAACAGAGAUGUUUGAGGUCUACGGAACCCCCGGCGUGGACAUCUACAUCUCUCCCAGAGUGGAGAGGGACUGGGAGCAUGCAGACACCAGGUGGUGGUGCUUUGAUGCGGGGUUGCAGAUCAUCGUGGUCAUGAACUCUCCCAGCAACGACCUCAAUGACAGUCACAUAAGCAGCUCUGCCCCCAAGGACUGUACAUCCUUUAGCAUCAGUGCUUCCCCAGGAGUGGUCGUGGAUGUUGCCCACCGCCCUCCAGCCAAGAAGAAUCUCACAGGUUCCUCCAAGUGGCCCCUGGACCCUGGGCUGGAGGUGAGCCUGAAGAUGACAGCUGCCAGCGACAGCACAGGUGACCAGAAGGUUCAGAUUUCAUACUAUGGACCUGAGACCACUCCAGUUGAAGCUCUGCUCUACGUCACCAGGGUCGAAAUCUUGAGAGUGGACUUCACUCGCACUGGCAAAAUGAAGUCCACCGGAGGCAGGAAGGACCAGAGGACCUGGACCUGGGGCCCUCAUGGGCAGGGCGCCAUCCUGCUUGUGAACUGUGACAGAGACAGUCCCAUAUCUUCCACUGUGGACUGCAAGGAUGACCAGCUUGACAGCAAAGACCUGAAGGACAUGUCCUUGGUGACCCUGAGCACGAAGACCCCCAGGGACUUCUUCAGCAAGCACCAGCUGGUGCCCCAUGUGGCCAAAUCCGAGAUGGACAAAGUCAGAGUGUUUCGAGCCAAUGCAGACAAACAGCCCUCCAGGUACGGCAUGAUCCUGGGGCCACGGCACCCCUCUCACCCCCUGGAGCUCCAGGGUGGCCAUCACAGCACAGACUUCCAUGUGGAGGGCCUGGCUUUCCCAGACGCCAGCUUCCCAGGGCUCAUUUCCCUCAAUGUCUCCCUGCUGGACACGUCCAACCCGGAGCUCCCCAAGGCCCUGGUUUUCCAAGACAGCGUGGUCUUCCAUGUGGCCCCCUGGAUCAUGACCCCCAAUACUCAGUCCCCGAAGGAGGUGUAUGUGUGCAGGUUAUUUGAAAAUGAGGAUUUCCUGAAGUCAGUGGCUGCUCUGGCCAAGAAAGCCAGGUGCAAGCUGAUGGUCUGUGCCAAGGAGGAGAGCAUGAAUGACCGGUGGAUGCAGGAUGAGAUGGAGAUCGGCUACAUCCAAGCCCCACACAAAACGCUGCCCGUGGUCUUUGACUCCCCAAGGAACAGAGGCCUGAAGGAUUUCCCCAUCAAAUGCAUGCUGGGUCCAGAUUUUGGCUACAUGACUCGAGUGCCCCAAACAGGGAGAGUUACUGACCUCGACUCCUUUGGGAACCUGGAAGUGAGCUCCCCGGUGACAGUCGGGGGGAAGGAAUACCCGCUGGGCAGGAUUCUCACUGGGGACAGAGGUUACCCCAGCAAGGAAAGCCAGGAGAUGCACCAGGACCUGCAGGAUUUCCUCAGUGCCCAGCAGGUGCAGGCCCCUGUGAAACUCUACUCCGACUGGCUGUCUGUGGGCCACGUGGAUGAGUUCCUGAGCUUCGUUCCAGUGCACAAGAAGGGCUUCCAGCUGCUUCUGGCCAGCCCCAGGUCCUGCUACAAACUGUUCCAGGAGUGGAUGAAGGAUGGCCAUGGGGAGGCUCUGCUGUUCCAAGGGGUCAAGAACAAAGCCCAGCAGAAAAUAAAGGACAUUCUGUCAAACGAGAAACUGAGAGAACAUAAUUCAUAUAUGGAGAAAUGCAUCGACUGGAACCGGGAGGUGCUGAAGCCGGAGCUGACUGAGCGGGACAUCGUGGACGUCCCCCAGCUCUUCAAGCUCCAGAAAGGCUUCGAAGGGACCCUCAAGGCCGAAGCCUUUUUCCCAAACAUGGUGAACAUGCUGGUGCUGGGGAAGCACCUGGGCAUCCCCAAGCCCUUUGGGCCCAUCAUCAACGGCCGCUGCUGCCUGGAGGAGAAGGUGUGGUCCCUGCUGGAGCCGCUGGGCCUCCACUGCACCUUCAUCGAUGACUUCUACACCUACCAUGUUCAGCACGGGGACGUGCACUGCGGCACCAACGUGUGCCGGCAGCCCUUCUCCUUCAAGUGGUGGCACAUGGUGCCCUGA